UUUAUUUUUUCCUACUCUUGACUAUUGUAGAUUGUACAAAAAGAUGACAAGCAGGUGUAUGCACCGUUAUUCAGGUGAGAGCAAUGAUGGUAUUGCCAGUCUUUAUUUUAUAAUGUUUGCUUCCUUUUCACCGUGGGAUCACAAUUCAUGUAUACAAACUGCGAUUCGUUUUGAUAAAUGAUAAUUUGCUUAGUUAAGGCGGGGGUCUGCCUGAAUUAAAGUGAAGUUUUAGGAAGUCUAAAGAGGGAUCAAAAGGAAAAAAAAGUUUUAGAACACCACCAGAUAGUUGAACGCCCCUCAAAAGGGCACCCCAUGUUGGUGUACAACUGUUUGGUGUACGAUUACCAAUUUUUAACUUCAACUUCUAAUUUUAAAACAACAUCAAACCUUCAAAAUUUCCUAUUUCCAUAAAUUUUACUAAUCCUUUAAGAAAAACUUUUUAUCCCAAAUACACCUAAAACCACCGAAAAAUUUACCACACAGCCGAAAACGUAGAUAUGUGGGAUGAGCAGAGAGGUUUUUGACUUCUUCAAAAGUGAACGAGAUAUUUGCGUUAAAACAAUAAUACCUAACCAAAAUACAAUCUUCAUGUUAAUCCCUGCCUUAACCAAUCGGUUCUUCUAUUUUUGGUUUAUAGAUGGAGGAGAGAGAGGAAGCUUGUCGCGCCGACGGGAACGCGACCAUAGAAGAGGGAAAAUAGACGAGAACGAUUUCAAAUUCAAAGAGAACGCGAGACAGAGAGAAGGCAGAAGAGAGUUUGAAUCAGAAGAAGACGAGGGAAGAAGAGAAGAAUUAGUGAUGGGAAGAGUUAGAAUCUGCGAAGGAGAUUUGAGAAACCGGCUGCCUUUAAGGAAAGGUGAGUGUUCGAAGCUGUUAGUGACUGUCUUUCCCGCCAUUGUAGCGAAGAGAAAAAAUAGGUCUAUACCAUGCAUGGAACAGAAGACAUAGUUUAAUGGUUAACGAGGUGAUAUUAAAUGUUACCAUUUUCACGGAAUCCGCUAAAGG